AUGGUAGGCUUCGAUGCUGGAGCCAAGAUAAAGGGGUUCGAUGUUGGAGAAUUUAAGCAUUUAUCUAAUGAAAAUGGUGAACUUAAAGUCAACGAGGUUGAAACCACCUCUGAAUGCUUACCUUGUACGAAUGAACAUGGCGUCGUAUCCAUUGGAUUAAAUGUUGAUAACAAGAGGCUUGAAAUUGAUGAGGAGAGUCGGUUGACCACAAUCGACGCAUCUGUGCAUCAACCUCUUGUCUACUCGAAAGAGGAUCAUGAUAUCCAACUUCAGAUUGACGAUUCAUCUUUAACUGUAGAACAAGAAAAACUAAAAGUGAUUCCGGACAAUUAUGAGUUUCCACUGUAUAGGGAUUAUGAAAUACGCACAGUUGGUAUUCGUGCAGACGAUUCAUUAUCCAUUACUGAAAAUGGCUUAUCAGUAAACUUUCCACCACCUCCGCCUUUGGAAACACUCAAGAAACCAUUGUAUCGCGAUAAUGGCCUUGGAAUCAAACUUCAUAAAAGUCUAAAGGUGAACAAUGAAGACGAAUUGGAAACCAAUACUAGUCAACUGUUCAAGGCGUUCGGGGCGAUAAAAACAUCGUCUGGAGCAGACUCAAUCUUAGAUAUAGGAAGCAGUUGGCUAGAUUUCGGCUUCUCAUCUCUGAGUGAACUAACAGAUGCUUUAGGGGAAGUAGACACAACGGCAAUUAGAUUGAUGACUGAUACCUCUACAUUCACUCAAGCCGGCUCUAGAUUAUCCCUGAAAUCACCCGGCUAUGAACAAAUCCUGUAUGGGAAUCUAACAUACGGUUUUUCAGGAAGUCCUUCAUUCACCUAUUCGUCCACGCUUCAAGAGUUGCGUGUCCCGAAUGUAAAGUUAAGCGGAACAUUACCUGCUAUUGGAGGAGGCUCUUAUGCAGUGAGUAAAGAUUACAUGGCCAAUUUUUACCAAGGCAGCCAAACCGGGGCUAUUGCUGUCGGACCAGAGUUCAGUGGAAGACGCGAAAUCGGUGUGCUCGUUGAUAACAAAACAGUUCGAGUUAUAGGUAACCAGUUAACAGGUGGCUACAUUUUUCAGGACUUUAAUGGCGUCUCCAUUAGACUGGGAACGACCAAUGAUGUGGUGCUCUCUCUCAAAUGCGAGGCUGGCAGUUGUCUCCAAAUGGUCAAAGCAGAUACCAUUAAAGACGUACUGACUUGCAGCAAUGGUAUUGAGAGAGUACAGAAUGACCUUCAACUCGAUCUAAAAGUUGAUGCCAACUCUGGCUUAACGAUGCUCAGCCGCGGGACCAUAGGCGAUAAGUUUACCGCCUCCCAAGGAGUAACCAGGGUGGGCAACGACCUCAGACUGAGUUUAACAGCACAGUCACCCGAUCUUACUCUAAACAAUGGUGUUCUGAGUUCAAACAUCGCUGCGGGAAUUGGACUGCAAAAAAAUGGUGCGAUUUUGUCAACGAACCUAAGAGGUAUUAAUGGCGUGCAAGUUUCGGGAGAUCUGAUUUCAUGUUCUCUUACAGGAAGCGAUACCGUUCUUCGGGUGGGGGAUACUUUGAAAGGCAAUUACAUCGGAUCAACCAAUUCAUACGGGAGUGUGGUCGUUGUCGGCAAUACCAUUCAGUAUAACAUGAUUCUGCCACAAUUCGUAAGUAACAGUCCAAACCUUAUAAUAACAGGUUCGUACCCGCUCUACAACUUUACACUCAUUGACCCUACGCCGUUAUCGAAACAAAGGGAUACCGAUAAUACUGAACAGACUGAUACCACAGAAGUGUUAAAAACGGAUGUUCCAUCAGGCAACACUGUUAUUUUGUCCAGAGCAACUCCAUUAUCAACCGUACCUUUUCCAGCGAUGGUCUCCCCGCCCUUGACAGUCCCUAUGGCUGUAAACUCCAUCCUCCCAAUCAUCUCAACGUUCCCUUGGGGAAUGAUUUUCGGAGGGUCACGCAAACGUAAGGUUCAACGAGAUGCGGAAGGCCAACCUAUACUCGAUGGCGAUGGAAACCCCGUUUAUGAACCAAUAGACCCUGUUACCUUCAUGCCACCACUUGAACCCGGGAGCAAUGUCGCAAUUGCUUCUGAUCCUAUUGGAGGUUGUACUCGUCUCUUGUUUGAUACGCCUUCAUGUUAUCGAGGCAUCAAAUAUGAGUACCCUCAGCAAGCAAUCAACCUCUCUAUGCUAAGGGAUUAUGAUAACGAGUUGAUCAAGCCUUGGGUGACAAGCCAGAUAACGGCAUUAACUUCGAAUAAUGUUACAUUUGGUGGUGAUAUAUACACAAAUGGAGUGAAAGUAGCCACGGAAUCCUUUGUAACAACAGGAUUAGAAUUGAAGCAAAACUUAUCUCCUUUGCUUGACAAUAUCAGUAGUCUGACCCCGGCCGAUGGCACUUUUUUGAUGGGUGGAAAUGGCGGUUUUUUCCGGAUUGUACCCAAAGAUGAAAUCCUCAGCGCAUAUCAGCCAUUAAUAAGCGCAACAAGUUCGCUUAACCUGAGCGGUUUAACAGUACAGAAUUCAAACACCAAUGCUACUGCAAUUACACUUGGGAACACUAGCGCAGCACAGACAUGGGGAAUUCAUGUUUCCGGUACUGCAAAUGGAAACCUACCUUCUGGAGUUCUCGGCCUAUACUCUUCUUUCCAAGAUAAGGGAUAUGUUUUUCGAGUGGACCCCACAGGGAAUGUUGUUAUGAGCGGCGGGCUAGGAGUAUCAACUGAUGCAUAUAUUGGUGGAAUGGCUUACAUCGGAGGUAUUGAAGUUGCAACUCAGAAAUUUGUAAUUGAUAACACCGCUCCAAUAAGUCAAACCUUGUCUUCAUUGACAACCACAGUUAAUAACAACAACAAUGCCGUCACUACUGCACUCGCAUCGAAGCAGCCUAUGAACGCUACAACUAAUAGCCUGUACAUGAUGACGGUGCAGCCUGACUCUUGGUUGUAUUCCUCAACGGGAACAACUUUGGAUAAUGUCACUUCGACUCAAGUAAAAGGCAUCCUCGAUAUUGCUACAAAUGCUGGUGUGAACACACUGCUUUCUGGGAAACAGAACAACAUCACUACAUCAACUAAUCUGAGUCUUGCUUCUGUUACUGCAAAUGGUUAUUUGAGUGUUCAAAAUGGAUCUUCGCCAACAUUCAUGUCGCUGGUCAAUUCGGCAUCGAAUGUGACAUGGGGGCUUCGCGUAGCAGGGGCUUCGCCGGAUGGAGUAUUAGCCGCAGGGGGCUUCGGAUUGAAUUGCAGUUAUAACAACAUCGGCUAUGUCUUCAAAAUUUCCAACACCGGAAUAACCCAAGUUACAUGUACUUCUGACUCCUCGUCAACGGCUACAGGCACAUUACAGGUUGCAGGUGGAGUCGGGGUCUCUAAAAAUCUUUAUGUUGGAAGUUCGGUAUACAGUGGUAAAGGUACAGGACUAGGUUUCAGAUGGGGUACAGGGACAAAUGCCGGAGACUUUGUUUCGUUCAGUCCAUCAACCAAUGGUCAAAUGUUUUUCAAUGAUUUGGCCAAUGAUGUAUGUAUGCGGACUAUAGGUACGAACUUCCGCUUUGGGACUACAAAUACCACAUCUACUUUAGACAUAUUGUCCUCUGGUUCCGUGGUAGUGAAUACCACAACCGACUCUACAUCGUCAACAACAGGGGGAUUCCAAGUCAAGGGUGGUGUUGGAAUUGGUAAGGCGCUUUAUGUCGGUGGUAACAUUUUUGCAAAUAGUGCUCAAGUCGCAACACAGAGUUAUGUUUCCUCAGCGAUUUCCACAUUACAACCAUCGAGUCCUUUGUUGUCCUCUUUAAGUGGUCUUGUUCCAUCAACAAAUUCCUUUAUCAUAGGAAAUGAUGGAACUACCUUUUCUGUGAAGACGCCAGCAGAGGUACGAGACAUUCUGGGUGUAACGAGUGUUGACCUAUCUGGUAAGCAAGAUGCAAGUCCUUUACUUGAUUCCAUUGCAUCCAUGCAACCGAUGAGCAAUAUGUUUGUCAUGGGUGAUGAUGUCAAUGGUCUUAUUCUUCAAAACGACAUUGAAGUUCGAAGUAUUUUGAACAUUGUCGAUUACGGGUCAGACAUAUCUUCAUUGCAAACAUCGCUAUCUUCGAAACAAGAUAUAAUCACAAUGACUACACCCUUGUCUGUCGCUACCAUUGUUGCUAAUGAUACAAGCGAUGCAACAACAGUCUCUACAGGUGCUCUACAGGUUAAAGGAGGUGUAGGGAUUUCAAAAAAUAUCAUGCAAGGCCAGUCGGGUGGUGUAUCGCAUUAUCUAAUGGACACGGGUGCAACUCCUAGUUGUAUGUGA